AUGAUAAAUUGUUAAAUUCACAUUUUUAAUUGUUUACAAUGCAUAUAAACUCCAUAAUAAACUUUAAAAUGUUUAAUCUGUGAAGAUGGUUAUUCAGUAUCAUCCAGAACAGGAAUUUGUCUAAAAUGCCCUUAUGAAACAACAAAAUAAUGCUUUGAAGAUAAUACCUUAGAUCCUUGGAAAUGGGUAAUUCAAGGUUUUAUAGUUCAAUUCUUACCUAAUAGACCUGUUUUUAAUGGUUAUUUAUAUAGACCAAAAUACUUAAUAACUGAAUGUUUACAUGGAUAUGAAACGAUAAGAAAUGAAUGUAAAAUAUACUGCGAUGAAACAUGUUCUGUUUGUGAACCAAAUCCUAUUAUAAAAACGUUUUUUUGUGGGAAGUGCAAAUUAAAUUACUACAAAGAGCUUUUGAGGGUGCAACUUGAUGGAAAAUGUAUUAACUGUCCUUCAUUAUGUUAAGUUUGUUAAGAAAGACCUAAGGAAGAAAUAAAUGUAAAAUAUUUUAAUUAAAAUAGAAAAUAAAUCCAUAUUUUAUUAUAACUCCUGAAAAUUUGAAAUAUACUUCUAGAUGUAUUUAGAAAAUACCUAAUCAUUAAGUUCAAAUUGACCCUAUCCUAAAUAUUGCAUAAUAUUGUUAUUAAGAUAAUUGUAACUACAAUUUGGAAUUAAAUUUUGUAUUUUUAAUUUUUUAAUUAGGGGGGUUUUGAUUGCAACCGUCUGAAUUAUCUCCAUACUGAUUUAGAAAGAUAUUAUAAUUAUUAAUAUUUUAAUGAAAUAGGGCUUAAAUAAUGGACACUAUCACUUCAUAUGCAGGAAUUUUGUGAAUUUAACUAUCCUGAAUACUUUAUAGAAAAUACUGUUAAAGAAAACAUAUUUUCUAUUUAAUUCAUAAGAUUAAAAAUUUAGGGUACAUCAAUGCCUUUAAAAUUGAAUACAGAUCAAUUUAAAUUUUCACUAAUAAAAUUCGAUUAAAUCAUAUUGAGUGAUCUUAUAUUUGAUAUAGAAAGAGAAAUUAUUUUCAUAUUUUAGAAUAGGAAUUUACCCGUAGAUUUAAAGAUGCUUAAUACGCAAUUUUAUUCAAUCGCAAAUUCUCCUAUUUCAAUCUCCAUUCAAGGAGAGAAUAUCCUUAAUGUAAAUUUAUAAAAUAUUUCAAUCUUUAAUAUAAACUUUGAAAAUUAAGUGAUUUUUAAUCUUGUUUGUACAGAUUAGAGUGAUCAUAUUAAAAUUUAUAAUUUUGAACUAAAGAAUUGUUUAUUUAGAAAUUCUACUUUAUUUUUAUUGUAAAAUGGGAAAAAAAGUAUAUAUAUAGAAAAUUUAACUAUUGAUUCAUGUGAAUUUUAUAAUUCCUCAAUUGUGAAUAUAAUUCAAACUCUAAAUUAAUUAUCUAGCAUUAUAAUUAAAGGAGUGUCUAUUAAAAAUUCUCUAUUAAAUAAAUUAAAUCUUAUAAAUAGCAUUGAAAAAAUUAAAUUAACUAUCAGGAAUAUUGAAAUUGUGUAAAUUAGAUUUUUGAUUAAAAAUUUAUCAUUUUUAAUUACAAUUUCGAUUUUAAUGAUAUUUUUAUCAAGGAUAACCAUUUUAUAUCAACUUAGUUUAUUUCUUAGAUCUCUUAAGUGCAAGUAAAUUCAGAAAUUUAAAUGAAUAACAUUAAAAUUUAAGGAAAUAUUAUAUAAAACUUUUCUUUAUUUGUUAUCAUUGAUAAGACAUCCUUUUUUAUUUUAUUUUAACAUUAAUUUCAGUUUAAAAUUUGACAAAGAUUAUUAAUUAAAAAUUAUUUUUAGAUUAUUGAUACUGAAUAAAAAUAGUCAUCAUCAUAAGUAAGUUAUUUAUUAUAAAACCUUUAUUUUGAAGAUAAUAUUAUCUCUUGUAAUUAAGAACAAUUUUUUAUUACAAUUAACUGCUUUAGUUUAUGUAUUUAAAAUAUUUUCUUAAAAAAUACAACAAAUUAUCGUUUUAUAUCAUUAUUAGCUGUUCCAUUGAUUAGGAUUCAUAAUGUCAUCUAUGAAAAUUUGCUUCAGGAAUAAAAAGUUCAAAUAUCUUAUAAUUGUAUUAAAAAUUGUUCUUCUCGCUCAUAAUUACUCUAAGUUUCUGGAUUCAGUAACAUCUCUCUAAAUCAAAUUACAAUAAAAAAUUAAUUUAGCAUAGAUUAAUCAAUAAUUUCAAUAUAAUCGAAUCCUUUGAUUAUGUAAAAUUUAAAUGAAAAUAUAUUAAUUACAAAUGUGGAAUUUAUGGGAAAUAUUUUAUUAAAAUAAAAUUAAGGAAUAUUUUUUUCUCUAAUAGAAAUAUAUUCUGAAAAGCCUUAAUUUAUAUAGAUUGAUAAUUUAAAAUUCGAAUAGAAUAUCUUUCAUUAAUAUAAUACAGAUCCAUCUAAGACUUCAGCUAGUCUUUUUUAUUUUAAUUCAGCUUAAAGCAUCAUGAUAUUGAAUAAUAUCAUAAGUAUAAAUAAUUCUUUUACAAAUUCAUCAUAGUCAUUUUUUUCUAUAUUUUCAUUUGAAAUUUUAAAGUUUAGAAUCAUAAUUACAUAGAUAAGGAAUUUUGGAUACAGUAUUAUGAAAUUAAUUUACAAGAGGAGUAAAGUUAUAAUGAAAUUACUUAUGUUAUUUCAAAUUCUUUCAAAAUUGAAACUAUUGGAGGGGUUUUAUCAACAACAGUUACUAAACUUACUAUCUUAAUGGAGAAUUUAAUUAUCUUAUUGCAUAAAGUAGCCAAAUUUUUCAUAUCAUUACAUAAGGUGAUGGAAUAAUAAUUAUAAAAAACUGUAGUAUUACUAAUGCUUAUAAUUAACUAAUUUCUAAAGUUCAAAAUGAUGGUGCAUUUACAAUUAAUGGCAAAAAUAGUUUAUUAUCAAUUAAUCUUGAAAAUAUUACUUUAAUAAAUGUUUUGAAUAAGUUAUCAUCAUCCAUUUUUUCAAUAUAUCCUUCAUCUACAUAAAAUAAUAUUGAAUUAAAAAAUAUCAUUUCUUAAAAUUGUUACUCACUUGUUUAUUAAAUAAUAAAUUUUGAAGCUGAUUUUCAGAAUGCACAAAAAAAUAAAGUAAGAAUUGAAAAUUUUACAUUAAUUUAAAAUGAAUAAGCUUUAUUGACUUUUCUUUAAUCUCUUGGAAAAAUAAAUUUAAUUGAAAUGUAAAAAGUUAUCAGUGACAAUUCAAUCAUGAAUUUCUAAGGAUGUGAAUUAAUUUUAAAUAAUAUACAAAUAGAGGGAAUAAUUUUAUCUUCUAUUAUUAAGGUUUAAGAUUCAAAAUUAAUCACAUUAAUGAAUUGUAAAUUUAUUAAUAUAUAAACAUUUUAUCCUUUGCAUUUAGUUGAUAUAUAACAGUAAAAUAUUUAGUCAUCAAGUAUAUAUAUUCAUAAUCUCAAUAUUUAAAAUUUAAGUCAUUUUACAUUUAAUAAAUAGAAUUUAAAAUAUUUUGAUUUUAAUUAUAUUGAAUUAGAGUUUUCUUAAUGUAGUUUAAAAAUUAAUGAUGUAGGUGAAAAGUUUUCCAAAUAAGAGUUUGAUUUAACUUUUUUUGAUGAUAUUUAUACUAAUUCCAAUUAAAAUGGAUCUUUGAUUAAAUUAAAAACUCAAGCAAAUCAAACUAGAGUAUAUUUUUCAAAGGUUCUAUUAUUAAAUAAUAAUUGUAAAAAUUGUUUGAAUGGCUUACUUUUUUUAGGAUUGAAUGAUUUUCAAUAAUUUCGAAUUUCAGAAUUAUCAUGCAUUAAUAAUUCUAUUAAAGAUUAUGGUUGUAUAUGCGCUAAAGCAGAGAUAAAAAUAAACAGUAUUUUAUUCAUUGAUCAUUCAUCUUUUAUUUCUAAUUAUGGAAGAUUAGGAUCAGGAGUUUUUGUAUAAAAUUUACGAAUAAAGUUAUAAAAUUCAAAAAUUAUAAAUAAUACUGCUUCUUAUAGAGGAGGUGGAUUCUAUUUCGAGGAAGGUACUGAUAGAUUUACUAUUAAAUCUACAAUAAUCAUUAAUAAUUUCGCAGAUGAAGCAGGUGGUGUUUUUUUAUAUGGAAAUAGUAGUUUAAGUUAAAAUAAUUUUGUAUAGUCUCUACUGUUAUUUAAUUUCGCAAAAUUUGCUUCAAAUAAUAUAAAUGAAUUACCCAAAUACUUAUCGUUAUCAAUAAAUUAACUAGAAAUGUAAUAAUCAGAAAAAAUAAGUGAAAAUCGUACUUAUUAAGUCCUAAAAUUAAAACCAUAUAAUAUUAUAUCUUAAGAUCAUUGAAUAUAAACCAAUUUUUUAUUCAUUCUUAGUGGUUAAUAAAUCUUGAAUUUUUAACUUUUUAAUCCUUACCUUUUCAAAUAUUUAACCUAUCUAACUGAAUUCUCAAUAAAGCUUAAAAAUAGUAGGAACGAACAACAAAUAAACUUUUUAAACUCAACUUGUGAUGUACAAUAAUAAAUUUUUGAUAUUAAAUCUUAAAAAAUAAUUGAAUUGAUUACAGUAUCAAAAAUAAGCUUUAAUCAAUAAAUUAAAAGCUUUAAUUUAGGCUCACUAUAAUUUUAUAUAGAUCCAAACUAGUAGUAAGAUAAAAUAUAAGAAAUUUUAAUAUAUUGUAAAACAGAAUAUCAAGAGGAAAGUUUAGCUUAUAGAAUUAGGGUUAACAGCUUUUUAUGCCAAUUAGGUGAAUUUUAUGUUUUCUCUGGAUGCCAAAAAUGUUAAUCAGAAUAAGGAUUUUAUUCAGUGACAUUCAAUACAACAAAAUGUUCUCUUUUUGAUAAAAAUAAAUUUGAAGCCAUUACAUCUAAUAAAAUUUAAUUAAAGCCUGGGUUUUGGAGACCAAGUUAGAUUACUGAUAAUGUAGAAUUAUGCUAUAAAGAUCCAAAUCAUUGUUUAGGAGGAUGGGUUGUUGGUGAUGACCUUUGUUUUAUGGGUCAUAUAGGAGGAUUGUGUGAAGAAUGUGAUAGAUAUAAUAUUAGAGGAGAUGGGUAAUUCUUUAAAAAUUAGUAAUAAUUGGAUUGUUAAUAAUGUGAAUAACUUUCAAAAAGGUUGAUAGCGUUUUUCUUAAUAUCAAUAUGGUAAAUAUAAUUAAUAUUUUUAAGGGCUAUUUUUUCUACACUUUUAACUAUUAGAAGUGUUGAAAGAACAAAUUAACUAUAUGUUUAGCUAAAACUUAAUUAAAAUUAACAAUUUGUUGAAAUUUUAUUCAAACUCCAACAAGGUAUAAUAAUAUAUUUAUAUUAGAUCAUGAAAGUAUUUUACUCAAAUUAUUUCUUAAUUAUUUUUGGAUUUUUUCACUCAUCUUUACAUUCAAUAUUAGUUUUUCAAUAUCUUUAAACAUUGUUAAACCAUCAAAUGAUACUUCUUAUUUUAUGGCUAAUUUUUUUGAAUGUUUAUUGGCUGAAAUUUAAGGAAUAGAAUUAAUUUAUAGUAGAAUCUUAAUUAUGUUUGUAAUUAUGGUCUGUUAGAUAUUGAUUAUUUUUAUUGGAUUUUAACUAUUAGAUAUUCUAAAAUACUAUAAAUUUUAUAGAAGAAUCAUUUCAAUUACUGUGUUAUAUUUGUUUAUCUAAAAUUAUGCAUCUUUAAUAAAUUAGUAAAAUUUGUUAUGAAUUUUAGAUUUUUUUCAAUUUUGGCAAUUAGAAGAAUAUCUGAUUUAAACUACAUACAAGGUGAUGUCUCCUUGAUUUAUGGAUCUCAGAGUCAUAUCUCUUGGAUUUAUGGAUUUGUAAUACCUGGAUCCUUAUUAAUUGGAUUAAUUCUACCAUUAUCUUUAUUUUUCCUUCUGUACAUAAACAAAGAUUAGCAUAAGAAAAUAACUUUUAGAAGACACAUAGGAUAUUUAUUUAAUGAAUAUACUCAAAAGAAUUAUUUUUGGGAGAUUAUCAAAUUAUGGAAGAAAACAAUCAUUAUAAUUAUCCUAAUCUAUUUUGAAACUGAUAUAUAUUUGAAAGCAUCAUUGUUAGGUCUUUGCGUAUUGAUUUAUUCAGUAAUUGCUUAAAACUAUAAACCUUAUAUACUUCAUAAACUUAAUAUAUUAGAUAUUAAAAGUGCUCAGUUUUGUUAGAUUGCAAUAUUCUUAGCAACAGUAAAAUAUAUUUGUGAAUAAUAAGAUAAAAAAAAUAUUUCAUCUAUCAUACAAAUUAUUAUCAUUAUCGAUAGCAUAGUUUUGGGUUAUCCAUUUAUAAUUGAUAUUCUAAAAGUUUAUUAUAAAAAGUACAAGUUCAAAAUAAUGUAAUUAUUAUUAAAAGGAUUUUAAACUUUGAGACCUAAUUUUAUUGUUAAAAAAUAUCUUAAAAAAAAAAUAAGUUUGUUGAUUUAGAAAGAAGAAAAGAGUAAGAAUAAUAUCAAAAAAUUGAAAUAAAUGCUAUUCUCAAAAAAUUAAAAAAGAUAUUAGUAAUAUAUUUGAUUUAUUUUUAGACCAAAAAUUAGUUUAUAAUAAUUUAAUACAAACAGAAAAAAAUUAAUAUAGAUAAAAACUGUGAAACUCUUUUAAGAAAAAGUAAUUUGA